AAACCAACUGAGAUCUAGAGAGAGUAAGAGUGUGAGAACUUUCAUGGAGCCAAAACUCUCCUCUCGUUUGUUUCUUCUCAUCACCACGGCUUGUUUCAUCCUCUUAUUCACUUCCACUAACUUCUCUCAAGCGCCAUCAUCCACGGCGAAGCUUUUCGACUGCACAAAAUCUUCGUCUUCACCUUUUUGUGCGUCAAGAAACUUCCUCUUUAACAAAAACACUCGGCCCAUUUCUAAAAACAUUCCCAAAACAAAACCCAAAAACCAUGACCACGUUUCCGAUACACCGAACCACCCUCUUGACCCACUUACCGUCAUGGAGAUCAACAAAGUCCGAUCAAUCCUCUCCUCCCACGCGCUCUUCGCCUCACGUGUACCCCACUUGCUUAACUCCGUCGUUCUUGAAGAGCCAGACAAGAAUCUAGUCAGACAAUGGGAGAAAGGAGACCAACUACCACCAAGAAAGGCCUCAGUGAUCGCACGUGUUGGCGGCAACUCGCACUUGCUCAUCGUUGACUUAUCUACAAGUCGUGUUGAUCAAGCGGAUAGUCCGGUUCCUGAAUCCGGUUACCCGAUUGUGACGUCGGAGGAGAUGGACAGUGCCGCGUCUGCACCGUUCUCAAACGCAGAUUUCAACCGUACGAUCAACUCUCGUGGAGUUAAUCUAACGGACGUGAUUUGUAUCCCAAUCUCUAGUGGCUGGUUUGGUAAUAAAGACGACAACACCAAAAGGGUUACUAAAAUUCAGUGUUUCUCAACUCAAGAUACCCCUAAUUUCUACAUGCGACCUAUCGAAGGUUUGACUCUGCUUUUUGAUUUAGACACGAAGCGAAUACUUGAGAUAACAGAUACCGGUCAAUCAAUACCCAUACCCGGUUCAACUAAUACCGAUUAUCGAUAUUCUACUCUUCCAAACCAUGACAAAACCAGACCCCUCAAUACAAUAUCACUCGAGCAGCCACGUGGACCAAGCUUCGUUAUCGAAGAUAACCAUUUAGUAAAAUGGGCAAAUUGGGAAUUUCAUUUAAAACCAGACCCGAGAGCCGGUCUGAUUAUGUCCCAGGUCAAAAUACACGACCCGGAUACACAAGAAACACGUGAAGUGAUGUACAAAGGUUUCGUGUCGGAGCUUUUUGUUCCGUACAUGGAUCCAUCGGAAGCUUGGUACUUUAAGACUUACAUGGACGCAGGAGAGUACGGGUUCGGGUUACAAGCCAUGCCGCUGGAGCCAGUGGCGGAGCCAAAAAACUUAUUCAUCGGGCCGCUUAAUGAUUGUCCAAGAAACGCCGUUUAUAUGGACGGAACAUUCGCGGCGGCUGACGGAACGCCAUAUGUGAGAGAGAAUAUGAUUUGUGUGUUUGAGAGUUAUGCCGGAGAUAUUGCGUGGCGUCACACCGAGUAUCCCGUCAACGGUAUGCCGAACUGA